UGUCCGCAUUGCAAAUGGCGGCUCCUUGUUAUUGUUCAUGGCGUUUUAUGACUUGUCCCUUUAUAUUACCGAUUAUGUCGAGUUUUUUCGUGAUUUUUACCGCGCGCUGUGUGCAGAAAGUGAAAUAAGACUUGCGCGGUAUAUUUUAGAUUAAAAUUAGUGCUCUUGUGGUGUGGCUUCGUGCAUUUUGAACGCAAGAAAUCCCGCACGAAGUUGGAAAGAAAUGGGAAACAAUAAACGUAUUUAUUAGUACUGGAGUGGUUUGGAGUUGUCGGUUUGAAACCGACAGUUAAACAUCUUAUCACCACGUAUUGUAGUGAUACCCUGAGGUGUUUGUAACCUCUCUGGGUAGUUAUGUGAUUUGUGGUUGUCAUGGCGGCUGAUAGUGAUGGUGAUCUAAUUCAAACAGUCAUAACUUGUGAAGGUAAUCUAGAAGAUCCAGAGUUUCCACACAAAUUUAAAAUCAUUGUUGAUCAUCUUAAAUCUUUGCUUUGCAAAGAUAAAGGCGAUGAUUUAAGAGUAAAUAAAAUAGAGCCAUGGAAUUCUGUCAGAGUCACAUUUUCAAUACCCAGAGAAGCUGCAUUACGUCUUCGAGAAUUAGCAGCUCAGGGUUCUCCAACACUUACACAACUUGGAAUACUUUCAGUGCAGGUUGAAGGAGAUCAGGUAAUAUCACUGAGGAUAGCCAAUCGCUUUAGUGGAGAAGCACAGGAAAUUGUGUUACGUUCAGGACCCUCUCAAGACAGUGGUGCCAAAUCUCAAAAUGAACCCACUAGCAAUACAACUAAUGUGGAUAAUGAGUCUUCAACAGCUUUACCUGGUCCAAGUAAUACAUCUAGCAUUUCUUCAGCAUUACGUAAUGUGGCUCAACUAAUUGCAGCUGGCACAUCAUCGGAAAAAGCACCACAGUUUCGUUCUCCAAAUGUAGUUGCACCUACAGACUGUGAUCCUAUUCCACCUUUUCUUGCAAAAUCUGUACAGUCAGCAUCAAGCAGUAGCAAUGUUGGUGCCUCCGGAAAUCAAUCAGUAACCAAUCCCAGUGCUUCACCUAGGAAUAAUUAUAAUGGUCCAUUCCCAUUUGCCAGUAUGACACAUGCUGCCCAAGCGAUACAUAAUCGUGAAUCACAAGCAACAACGAUUAAAAAUGCAAUGCAAUUUAAACAUCAUGUACAGCCACCUCCGCCUUAUCCUGUUCAAGAGAAUUUAACGACAGCAACAACAUUAACUGCUGGUCAUACUACUACUCAACCAAUUGCAUCGGUUGGUCAGUUAAUGAAUCAGUACAAGUCUUCAAUUACCACCACAUCUAGUCUGUCACCAAACAAUAAUAAUCUGGCAGGGAAUUCAAAUGGUAAUGGAAAUCAAGUUGCUUUGUCCAGUCCACUUCUUGUAAAUCUCUUGCAAAACGAUGCUGCUACACAUCCGAAUAAUGUGAUGCCUGGUCAGAAAAUGUUACAGCCAGUUAUUGAUAAUUCUGGACUUACUAAUCGUAUCAGACCCACUAAAAAACCAACAGUUAGAAGAAAAGAUUUAUCUUCACCUACCGAAUCACCACCUAAUUUAGAUUCUCUUAGAACGGAAGAUCUUAUCGGAGGAACGGCAGCCAUUCCUGACUUAUCUCAAUCUUCUACAUCUGCAUUUGUGACUGUUAAUGCUAAUCAGCCUUCAACUAUUCCUCAACAACAUCCAGUUAAUGUAAUUAGUGGCGCUGUUCAAAAUAUAGCGCAGCAAGCAAUGCAUCAAGCUUCUGCUAGUGGACAAAUACAGCAAUCUGCAUCGUCUUUGCAUGCACAAGUACAAAUACAGCAAAAGUUUCCCAUCAGACAGGAAUUGGCUUACAGACCUUCGCAGGUACAAUUACAGGGUCAACUUUCGAUUAGACAUUCGAUAAACGGACAGCAAAUUCGAACACCUUUGCAACAACGGCAGUUAUUACUUCAGCAACAACAGCAACAUCAAGUUUUAUCUCAACAACAGCAACAACUAAAUCAACAACAAAAUAUGAAUACUCCGCACCUACUUACACAACAGAUUUCAACUCAACAACAAUCUUUGGUACAACCGCAAAAUGUAAAUACAUCAUUGCAAUCCAUACCUGUUUCCAGUCAACAACUUUUGCAACAACAACAGCAACAACAAAUGAUGCAACACUCAUCAGUAGGCAUGAAUGUUCCACAACAACGGCUAAGUUACUUAAACAAUCAGCGUCAGCAAACUCCUCCUCCUUAUGUGCGACAACAGGUUCCACAGUCCCAUUUAGGACAACAAAAUCAAGUAAUAAAUGUGCAACAACAGUUACAUCAUAAUCAACUCAAAAACAUUAAUGUUAACACUAACGCCACGACCGAUUUUCGAUAUGGUCAAAGUCAAAAUAUUUUAAGCAGAAAUUAUCAAGCUACAACUAGUAAUGCUAAUGGGACCACGUGGAACGCACAAAAUAACUCAAUUCCACAAGGUGCUCAGGUCAAUACUACUCGUCUGCCAACUACGAAUCAAGUUUCAGGUGCCUUUUCUCAAUGUGGAUCUCAUGUUAAUCAUGUUUCUAAUAGUAAUGUCGCUUCACCUGCUACCAAGGUUGAAACUUCCGAAUCUCCUAAGCCUAAAGAAGAGACGCCUGAACCAGAAUAUACAUCGACUGGUAAAAUACGACAGUUUCUUAUUAAUCCUUUAACAGGGCAUUUGGAACCAAUGCCUAGUGAGAGUUCGGAUUCAGAACCAGAGAGUGCAGUUGACAACCAAGAUGAUUUCUUUCCCUUUCCAUCUCCAUCAAAUGAUCGAUCGAAUUCCAUAUUUUCCGACGAUGAUGCAGACAGUAAUUUCUCAAGAAGAAACGACACAACAACAAAUACAGAUCAAUCGGAUUCCGAAACUACAGUGAAAUCUACUGCCAGUGAAGGAAGUUUGAAACAUAGUAGAAUAAAAUCUAAUAGAGAGACUGCACAAAGUCCGAUGCCUGGAGAAAAAAUCAAAUUAAGGCUAAAGUUAGAAAAAUCUGAGCCUGUUACGCCAGCUUAUAAAGUUGAUGUUUCAUUUGUAAACACACCACCGAUUAGAAAAGCCGAUAAAUCGGUAAAUAAAAUGUUUACCACUGGUAUUCCCAACUCAGGAACUGGUGAUGAGCCAAGAGUGCCUCCGUUACAUAUUUCUUUAAGAGGACGUAAUGCUUCAGUAGUACACAUCAGGAAAAAAGAAAGGAAAUCGCUAAAAGAUGGUGAUUCCGAUCUGACUAAUAUAAAAAGGCGGGGGAAAUUGAAAAAGAUGAAAGAAUGUAUAGAUGGGAACAAGUUGUUGCAAAAAAAAUCUUUAAGCAUGAUUAUAGGUACUUCAUCCGCAUCCAAAUUACCCUUGUCUAAUUCUACGAUGAUCAAUAGCACCAAUUCUAUUAGCAAAGUGAAUAAUAUACUACAAACAGUUGUAUCAAAACCUAAUGCCUUAAAACAAGAAUUAUCCAUGGAUGUCGUACGCGUGCAAACUGGUGUUACAAAACCGAGUUCAAGUAAAAAUAGCGAUGUCGAUGAUAUACCAUUAAACAGUCGGAUACCAUCCCCUUCAAAACAUAAAACUACUAUUUUGAAUCAACCUUUGAAUACACAACAAUCUUUAACAAAAAGUCAAGUUGAAUUAGAUGUUCAAAAUCAUAUACAAGAGCAUAAAAUAGGAGGAGGAAAAACUAAAAGAAGAGAUUCUAAAAAGAAAUCGGAAUCGGGAGAGGGUUUACAUCGUGAACAAAAUUUGUUGUCUGGUGGCAGAAUCUUGGAUAAUCAAGCAAAAUGGAGAAAACUUAAUUAUAAAGGUGAUUCAAACCAAGCUAUAAGAAAAGCUGAUACGCUUUUGGCCAGCAAUGAUUUCAGUACUGUUAAGAAAGUAGGGGAAAUCAGAAGAACAAGUGAUAGUGAAAUUACUCGCUCUAUCAUUGAGAAGAAUAAUACUUUAAAUGCUGUUGCUUCGCGAUUAACAGAAGUAAAUGGUGUAAAAAAGGAUUUAAUUAGUCAAGAAAAGAGAAGAAGAUUAAGUUUAAUGGAUGAAAAAGAUCUGCAUUUAGGAGAAUCUCAAGAUGCAGAGGUUACACAUUUUAAUAGUCAGAAGACCAUUUCUGAAUGUUCUUCCGCCAGUGCAGUUCCAAAUACAAAUACAAAUACGAAUAUAAAUACAAAAUCUACUAAUAAUUCACCAUUUGAGAAUGAAAAUUCUGGGUUAGUACCUUCAACUAUACCACAGACUGAUUCAAAUCCAUCUACUAAUAUUGAAAAUAAAGUAUCUACACAUGUAGAAUCUACUGUUAAAAAUACACAGUCAGUUGUAAAUAGGAUUAUUUCUGGAAAAAGUAAAACAGAAACAGAUAAUUGCAAAACAAAUUGUAAUAUUAUAGCAAAAAGCCAAAUUAGUCAAAAAUUAAAACACCAUAUGAUUUCAAAAAAUGAUGCAAAUGCUACCAUUAACAGACAUAAUAAAGUAGAGCAUUUUGGUCAUAAAAAAGUGAUUCAAAAUCAUAUAAAACAACCUGAUCGAUCCAUGGUGGAAACUAAGGUGGAUAACGCGCAAAGAAUUAGUUUACUGAAAACUUCACAAAGUUCAGCAAUAGGAAACUCAGUGGACCAAGUUCCCAGAUCCCAAAGUGUUGAUGUACCUUCCAGCAAACCAUCUUUACCAAUUGGAGAAAUUAAUGUAACAGAAGCAAAAGUUAAGCAAAAAUUACUUGAAACUACAGUUCCAAUUGCGAUUGGAGUAGAUGCAAGUGUAGAAAGAGUCAGCAGUGGAGGAGGUGGUGAAGAUUCAGGUAUUGAGUCAAUGGAUGCUUUGUCAGAGAAAUCACCGAAUCAAGGGGAAUCUCCUUUGCAUAGACCAGCGACUGAAUCAGUAUCACAAGGUAGUGCAAAAACUGCUGUUCAAGGGGAAUCUUCCCUACCAAUCACCAAUAAGAACGUGCCUUCCUCAACUAGUAGUAGUGAUAUGUGUUCAAAUUCCCAUUCGGAACUUCUAAAGUCCAGUGGCCCGCAAAGGUUAAGUCCUGUGUCUGUAGCAAGUUAUCUUGAAAAUCAUUUAAAUCGCAAUAUAUCAAAUUCCAGUGAACAUGACAUGAAAAAUAUAUCUAGUGAAAACUCAAGUUCAACAACACAGAGAACUGGUGGUCAUAGUGACUUGAUUCCUAGUUUAGAAGUGACUGAUAAAAGUGUAUCCAGCCCUCUAGUGACAGGAUCUGUGACUAUUGUGACUACUUCUGUACCCAAUACUGUGGAUAGUGAUAACUUAUUGCAAUGCGCACAGCAAAAAGCAAAUGACUUUUCUGAAACAGACAGUUGUAGCGUUAAAUUAGAAGCUUCUAUCAACCAGCAUGAUCAGGGUAAGACAAAUAUUAAACAUGAAGUGUCAAGAGCCCCAGAAAGUGCAUCUGAAGACAAUGUAAAAACAGUCAUAGAUGGUAAUAGUGCAAUUAGAUUAAAUGACGAACCUCAUGGACAAAAUAAUAAUGGUGUGCCUGUAAUACAAAAUCAUGUUGCUUAUAAUAAGGUAAAGACAGAAAAGCUUGAUACUACAGUUACAAACGAAUCUAAUGUGGUGGUAAAUAAUCCAUGUUCCAUUAGCCAGAGUUUUAGUUCUGAAAUCAAAGUAGAAUCUAAUGUCAAUGAAAAAAUUGAUGACACAAGGCAAAAUGAUCGAUCAGAUAGUACGAAAAGUUCGAGUAUUUCUUUAAGCGCAACACCUGUUAAAUUAGAACAAUGUUCCGAUCAAAACCAAAAAUCUAAUGUACAAAGCCAUCAACAAGUAUCUGUUAGAGAGCCUUCUAUGAAUCUUCAAAAAGUUGCUGAUGAUUUGGUUAAAAAAAUUGUAAAUGAUGCAAGUGAUAUAAAUAUAGGUAUUCAAUCACCUCUUGGUGAAGAUCCUCAGCCAAUUAGAAUUACCCCACCACUAUAUACAUACUCUAAUCCAGUAGUUUUACAAAGGGAUGAGACUCCAAGCCCAGCAGCACAAAAUCCAGAAGUAGAUUCCAGCGAUGUAGAACAUGUGAAAAGAAAACGUAGGAGAAAACAAGAAUUAGAAGGACGACAAGAUGUCAUAUGUAUAGAAGACAGUGAUGAAACACAAUUUGUAGAAAGAUUAACUUCAAAUAAUGCAGAUGACUAUGUUAAAAGACCACCAAAGUCAUUGCUGGAACAACUUCUAAUAGAAAUACCAAAUGACACCAAUGAAAAAAGAUCUUUAAGAACUAGAUCCCAGAAAUUAAACAGUCCUGAUAUUGCGAAGACUCCAAAAAGUAGUCCUCAUGGUCCUAAUAAAUUAGAGGAAAGACGCAGCAUAUCACCAUAUGCUAAAGCAAGUCCUAAAUUGGGAGUAUCUAAAUUAUCUCCUAAUACGACAAUAAAAGUGGGGAAAAGAAAACGCCAAGAAAGUGAAAGUUCUGUAGCAUCUAGCACUGCUGAUGAUCCACAACCAAGACCAGGGAAACGAAAAUGUUCAGAAAACGCUGCAGAACUUAUUAAAGCUUGUAUGGGUGUUGAUGAAGCUGCUUUAAAGAAACAAAUACCUGUUAAAGAAGAACAGCCAAAAAAAGGAUUCAAUAUACUGGCGAAGGCUAAAAAAGGUCCCAUUGUGGUAGAAGUAGAUUCGUCUGAUGACGAGCCAUUGAUUGAAUCUGUAGGAAAAGCAAGAAUGCGAUUAUCAGACGAAACAUCCGCUGCAUCUCCAAAAUCUAAAGAUCAAAAAACAAAUACAAGCACAACUGUUUCUGGCAGUCAAAUUAAUUCCAGUAAUAUAUCAAAUUUCAAUGCCAGUAAUAGAGUGCAAAGAGAGAGCCGUUUGUUAACCACCAAGCAACCGAAUACAACCACGGUAGUUCCCAUUGGAAAGGAAAGGCUACGUGGUACAUCCAACAAUGAAUCCUUAGGAGAAGUUACAACGAGAAGAUCUGUUCGACAAAAUACAGCUUCACCAUUAGCAACACCAGCAAGCAAUACAAGGGGUGCAUCUAGAUCCACAGAAGAUAUUACCAGACGGAAAACUCGAAGUGGUGCUGACACCUCGUACAGCGGGAACAUUGUUUUAGUAACAGCUGAAGCAACAGAGCAGGCAAAACGGAGGCGAAUAUCCCGAGAAAACAAAUGACCUUCGGGAAGUGACCUUGACAGUGAUUAGCUACCGUCGCUUGUCAAGGCUUGUAUGACUGAUUGUGUAUCUCUUAUAAAUGAUUAUGUGAUCGCCGUGUGGCUGGACCCCACCUGGUGAAACUGCAUGCGUCAAUACCGCACAAUGCUGCUGUAUAUAUACAACGGGAGUAUCGUGUUUGGAGUGCUGGAUGGUAUUUUUAAAUUUUUUGUUGCAAUAGAGAGUUUCAUUAAGUUAAAUGUGUAAGAUUAUGUUUCAUAAUAUUAACGCGAAUAUUUGAAGUAAAUUUAUAAAUAUUAGAAUAUUUAUUAGAAUAUUAUAAUAGUAUUGUUAUGUUUUUAAAUGUUUAAAAUAUUCAUUACAAAAGCAAAAAAAUAAAAAGCACUUCAAUAUCUUUUGUUACCGUCUAAGCGUUCUCAAUUACACUUUACUCCUAAACAGCAAAGUUUAGUUACUCAGAAUAAUCUGCUCAACGCAUUAUACUUUAAUCUAAGUAACUGAACUGAUCCAAAACUGCCGAGUUAAUGUGCAACUUUCUUUUGCUUUUAUGAUUCUAUUCUUAAUUCAUUAAAAAAAAUCUAAAUGAGUAGUAUUAUUUAAUAGUAAUUUUGUAAAUUAUGUUACACCAUUGAUAUGUACAAAAUUUUACUCAAAAUUGGUUAGAUUUUAGAAUAUUACUUGCAAUAUUAAUUGAUUAUUUAAUCAAAAUCAAAAAGGAUUGUAGAAGCGACAAAGAAUAAUCAAUUUUCCAUUUCAAAAAUGUUUCGUUAUUAAUAUUGUUAUUGGUUUUUAUCUAUACAGAUAAUAAUGGUAAAAGAAAGUCGAAAUUUUUAAUGCAUUAAAAUGAAAUCUGACUGUACUGCCAUAAAUAAUGUACAUUUCUCAAGGACAAAUUUCAUUGAUUGGUGGGGCUUGAGUCGCAACUCUGACGACUUCGCUGAUAGACUUUGUUCAACAAUAUUUAAUUUAUUUUGACUUGUCCAUUGCAUAAAUAUUUUUCUACAUAAAUAAUUAUAUGUACUGAAAAAUAGUAACUCUGCUCUAACUUUAGUUUAGUUUCUCCUUUCUCCUUCAUCUUAAACUUUCAAUUUUUAUUUAAAUUUAUACUUCUAUGACAUAUUCGUAGAAUUUAUACCUUUCUACAAAUUUAUUUAAUGAUAAAGUUGUAUGUUAUAUUAUAUGUAUAAUCUUACAAAAUUUCUAUUUCCUUCAUUUGAAUGAACAUAGUCUUUCAGCGGGAAGUUUGUCUUGAGUCAUAAUAUUGCAAAAGGCAGAGGCGGUAUAGAGUUAUUAAGAAGGAUUUAUUUUAUUUAUAAAACAAACAGAACGUUGGGAUAAAUCGUGCAUAAAUAUACAGAAAUAAUAAAAAUAAUGAUGAUAGAAAACGAAUAAUACAAUGUUAAUUUGAUAGGUAAUAUAUAAAUGAAUAUAUUUUGUAAAUAAUUUCUUGUAAAGAUAUAUGAAAGCACCCUCAUUGUACAUAUAGAAACUGUUUAAAUUUUUAUUAAAUUAGUGAUAAUUAAAGUUGUGCAACAUUGUCAUACUAUUAAUUAUUUUUUGUGAUUGUGCACUGAGAAUACUAGAAGCACCCUUUUGGCAUCACUUAAGAAGAUAUAAAAAUGUGUACACAUAAAACGUAUAUAUAAUAUAUGAUGUACAUGAACUACUGUAUAUGAAUAAUUGUUUUUGUGAACAGAUAAUCUAGUUUUAUAUUGUAUAAAUGUAAAUUAUAUAGUUGAGAGUUGGAAUUUCUAAAUGAGCCUGUGAUAGCCAUCAUAGCAUUUUUUAUAUUGAAAAUUUGCAUUUAAAAUGUCACAGUAAUGUAUAUUCGUUUGUUCCGUAACUCUCUACGUACGUUCCAUUACUUAUAAAGAAAUGAAGAAAAUAUUAUAUUAUGAUUACUUUAACAUUUCCAUUAUAUAUGAUACUUUUAAAAUACGAUACUGGUAUAAUUGUAUUCUUUCAUAAUGAAUAAAUCCUAGUUUGAGUUAAAAUUAUUCAAGGAUUUUAAAAGAUUUUAUUCAAGGAUUUUAUUUUUCCCUAACAAAAUUUCUCUCUCUCUCUCUCUCCUCUUUUUCUCUUUGUUAUUUUUUACUUUUUAUGAAGAAUCUUAAAUAAAAUAUUUUCUUCAUAUUCUUUAUUACAGCUUUGAUGGCUAUCAGGUGAUAUAUAUUUAAAAAACUAUUUCUGUCAUAUGAAUGUUGAGUACUGAAUUUAAUAAUAUUUUAAAUAGGAAAAAUUUUAACAAAUUUACCUUCAUUGACUGAAUAAUGACGUUACACUACUGUGGAUAAUGAUUGUGUUAAAAUUUCUUCUAUUUUUAAUAUUAAGAUAAAUUAUUUAGAAUAUUGCUUGUUUCACAAAAUUUAUUUCGACAGAUCUUGGAUCAUAUAUUGUAAAUAUAUAAUAGUAGCAUGCUUAUUUUACAUGGUGGGAAUUUAUGCUGUAUAUAAAACAUAUAAAGAAAUGAACCUUCAAAUUGCGUUUAAUUUGAUUCAGCCCUACAUUAUAAUGGAAUCACAUACAAUGUAAAGUGUAGUAAUUUAAUCGUACAAUUUAAGAACAAACAAAAAAGAAAUAAAUUGUAAUUUCGAUGUAAAAUAUUCUCUUUAAAAUUAGAUAAAUAAGUUAGGAAUUAUUAUGUUACAAUUUUAUCAUUGAAUAUUACAUUUAUAUGAUUGUAUAGAUUACAAAGAAAGUAAGCUUUGCGUGUAAAUAUAAAUAUUUUAAAAAUAAGUAAAUUUUUCGCAUGUUUACAUAAUUAAGGAGCUUCUAAAGAUUGUCUGCCAUAUAAUUACAUAUAUAGUAUGUAUGUAUUAUAAUACAAAUAAUACUGAUACACCAAAGAUCAUAAGUUGAUUGUAAUAUGUAACAAUUGUUGAUAUUCAACACACUUUUAAAAGAUGGUGUAUUUGUAACGCUCAAUAAAUAAUUGGUGUUUAUAGUGUGCUUCAUAAACACGUAUAAUGUACCAUCAUUUUCAUGCAGACUAUAAUAAUUAUACCAAUUAAAAUGUUCACUUUCGUGUGCUCAUUUGUAUGUAUGUAUAACGAAUGCAUUACAAGCUCCUUAAUUUUGUUUGCAAUGCCAUGAAUAUUCUAUCAUGUAUAUGAAUAUGCGUUUUAAAAUCACCAGCUCCAAGAUGAAACUUGAUGACUUUAAAACUUGCUAUAUGCAAAACAUUUGUAUUUUUAGUAUUUGGUUAAUUGAUAUAAAUAGCAGUAAAAGUAAAUGAUUGAUAAUAAUUCAACUGGAUACAUAAAUAUAUAAAUAUGAAUAUAUAUAUAAAUAAAAAAUUAGAUACAAUACUAUAUUUGUAGAAAACGAUUGAGCACGUGGAAAGAAAAUCGCGCUAUGAUUAUGAAAAAAAAAAUUACAAUUAUAUUAUUACUUAUUAUUACACAAAGUGGAUACACAAUAUAGUAAUUUGCUAAUUGUACCUUUUAAUAAUUACUGUAGACACAUUGAUGAAGGUUUUUUUCUUGUUAUUAAUUAUUACCAUAAACUUCAAAGAUAAUGAAAAAUGUGUUAUAAAAAGAUGCAAUUGCUUAUUUUGUAUCAUACCCAGUUUUAUGAAUUACUUUGAUAUUUCACAUACAUAUUUGUCAAAUCAAAAUAAUUUUGUGGUCAUUUAUAAUACAGAAAUACAUUCUGUAAUUACACCCACUUUUCUAGUUUUAAUUUUAUAGUAAUUAUUUUGUGAUAAAAAAAAUAAUAUUUACAGAUAUUUUCCGCAAGAAUAAAAAAUAUAAAAGAUUUAAA